UUUCCUUCAUUAAAAAAAGAUGAAAAAUCCGGUUUAUAUUCUUUCUCUCUCUUUACAUUAUAUUCUAUGAUGGGACUAUACUACAUAACUGCAUACUGAUACUAUUUUUCUCAGCUCGUCAGUAUGUUCCAGUGCAAGUUAUAGAUUGUAUAAAGUUCAAUGAGUAGAUCAUAUAGCGAAUAAAAACAUCAUGGAAGAUAGUAGUAAUGCGCAACCGGGAUGUAUCGAUUCUUUUAAAAGUAACGAGCAUUACGGGAAAUGUAUAAAGGAGUUGUCAAAGGAAGAAUUACUAUCGUUAGUAAUAAAAUGCGCCAAUUUUGCAGCGGAAAAACAUCGGAAUCAAAGAAGGAAGGAUGUCGAUCAAACUCCAUACAUAAACCAUCCUUUAGGAGUUGCAAACAUUUUAAUUCAAGAGGGCAAUAUUUUUGAACCAGUAGUAAUUCUAGCAGCAAUCUUACACGAUACAGUAGAAGAUACAGAUACUACAUUUGCAGAAAUUGAGAAAGAAUUUGGGCAUAGAGUUUGCCAGGUAGUCCGUGAAGUGACUGAUGAUAAAACGUUAUCAAAAGCCGAACGUAAACGGUUACAGAUAGAGCAUACUCCUAAUGUAUCUCGCGAAGCAAAACUAGUAAAACUAGCCGAUAAGUUAUACAACUUGAGAGAUCUCGAAAAGAGUGUGCCUAUUGGUUGGACAAGGGAAAGAGUAAAGGAAUAUUUUAAGUGGGCGAAAGCUGUCAUAGAUGGGUGUCGUAAAACUAAUCCUGCUUUAGAAAGAGAAUUAGAUAUUUUAUUUGCAAAUCAUUGCGAUACUUCUGAAGAGAGUUGCUAGUACAAAUUCUGAGAAUGCAAUUGAUGAAAUUGUAAGUACAAUGGUAAGAGCAAAAAUAACAUCAAAAUAUAUUGCAUAUGAAAACUUGUAUAUAAAAGUUAUAUACGAUACAAAUGUAUAUUUAUAUAAAUAACAUUUUUGAAUAGA